AUGGAUCCUGUCAAUUUAACGGUAGAGAUGCGUGAUGUUUACCAGAAGCCGAAAAAGAGACAGGGAUCAUCAGGAUCAAGUUCUUUGCCAGUGGAGAGGAAGAAAAGCAAACAUUGUUCGAUGCUUGUUAAGAGCUUAGUGCUUGUAAUCGUUCUGCUGGUCCUGUGCUGUCUUGUGUUACUAAGUCUUUACUUGAUCGAGCGCGAUAGAAAUUCUCAACCAGAGGAAAAAAUGAUGUCAGUCAAUUCGACAUCGCAAACUUCUAAACAACAAAGCCACUAUGGAGGAUUGUGUUGGUCAAGAGAUUGCUUACAGGCUGCAUCAGGUAGGGCUCAUAAAAAAAUCUCCAUUACAUAACAGCGACUCCAGUGAUUAUAAUUCUGUAUAAAUGCAAAACAAGGGGUAUUUCUUUUGGGCCUGAAAUGACCUCGACAAAUGACGUCACAAUUCCGUCGCUGGUGAAAGUUACCCCGACCCCAUCCCCACCUCAAACAUCCCCUACAAAGAUAGCAGCACCAGAAUGUUUCGGUGAUUUUAAGAUGGUUAUUGAUCAAACAUUACUACAAGGAACUUUCAGAUAUUUAUCGCUUUUGUGAGUGAAACCAUGCCAAAUACAAUUGACUCCUAUUAUUGCAAUGUUAUGGUUUAAUUUUAUCCUUGGUUUAAUUUUUAUUUCGAAUUUCCCAUUGUUUUAAACUCAUUAUCGUAUAUUACCAUACCUCAAAACAAAGGGAAGUAAAAUUUCAACCAAGGAUAAAACUGAACCACAACACAUACAACCGCCAGUACCGUGAGUCAGUGUCGUCGGUGAUUACAAGAAGCCUCUACAGUUGGCUGGGAGAGGAAAUUUCCUUGACAACAUUUGCAAUAGAAAAGUAACGUGCAAACCGUAAAUGACGUCGUAGACGCCCUUUUCCAAAUCAACGCUUCUUAUCUAAUAAACGCCCCCUCUACGCUCUUAAAAUUGAAUAAGAUGCCCCUCUCUAAUAAACGCCCCCUGUCUAUUAGACGCCCCCUAUGAGAAUUCCUCCAAAAUAUUAGGAAUUAGGGAAGAGGAGCAAAAUCAUUCGAUUCAUUUAGUUUCUCACUUGAUUAGCAAGGCUUUGCGUAUUUCAUCUUGUUCAAUGCCAAUUUCAAAGCAAGGAUAGACUAAUGAUGGCAACACAAUAAACCUGACCAGACGUGGUUAAUCGAAAAAAAUCGAUACCGGAAAUCAAUUGAUAUCAUAGAUCUUAAUCGAUUUAAUCCGCCGAUUAAUCAAGAAUCGAUUGAUUAAAAAUCAUUAUCGAUUUCUAUCGGAAAAUCAUCGAUAUUAAUCGAAGUCAGCUUUUUUCAGUAUCGAUUUCUAUCGAUCAGAAAUCGAUAUUCAUCAAUGACUGAUAUCGAUUACUAUCGAAUAUUAUCGAUAUCGGUUCAUCGAUUAACUAUAGAUCGUUUUCACUGUCACGCAACAAAAAAAUAAAUUGAAAACCGUCCAGUGAAAGAAGUCAAGAAAAUGAUAUGUUAUAAAAGACUAAUUUUUAAACAAUUUGUCCAAGUCUCAGGUCUUUUUGGCCCACAGUUUCUGAGUUAUUUGCCGAAACGUUUCACGCAUCUUUGUAGAGCUUUGUAUGGAGACGCCAUAUUGGUGCACAGUUUUGGUGCACCAAUAUGGCCGCCGAAAAUCAACAAAAACAUCAGGAGUUCACUUGUUCUAUAAAAGCUCCUUCUUUUCACUCGAGAACUAGCCUACGUGCGCAUAAACAUAUCUUCUAAUACUUGAAAUGGUUAUACUGCUGAAAAUCAAGAGGAGAGACUUUUUUUCAACGAGACAGCAUUCCUAUUUUGGUGUCACGCACUCUGAAAACUCGGAAGUUCAAAUUGCUGUAUUUUCGAAAUGAAACAUGCUAUGGGACUGAAAACUUGUACAAAGAUUAACUUUUUGUUUAUCUUCAACCUAGUGUAAAUAAGAAUUCGUAAAACCUCGCUAUUUUGACUUUACAAUUUGAUGACGUCACUGUGAAAACCAUCUAUACGUCUGGCCCUGAGCGAAGAUUCUGACAUCGAUGUUGGGAUUUGAAAGAGCGAUAUGGAUCUCUAGACGGCCUAGACGUAUCAAUGAUGGAGUGGAUAUUCCGUUAUUUUUAACCUCUCUUGAUAUUUUCGCCUAUGGCAUUAGAUUUGUUGAGCUUCUUGCAGUUAUGAGAAUAAACGCCUCCUAUCUAUCAAACGCCCCCUCCUGGAUGCCUAGGUCAUUUAUGGUCAUUGGUGUACUCCGAUACAAGCAGAACAACUUUUAGACUGUUCUGACAAACUUACUUAAGGCCACCGGAGACUGCAAGACUGGCUUUAGGAAGUAGAAAAGAGGGAAUUUUGAUAAAUAACCGAUUAAAUUGAAGACGUAUCAGUCUUUUUGAAAAAGACAAAAAAUUGCCUAAACAUUCAAAGAUGGCGCUUAUACAGUGGCUUAUCAAACAUUAACGGGUCAUAACUCGAGUUAGAACGGUCUCAACGAUAGAGU